CUGUAUUUUCAGGCAUUUGCAUACAUCAAAGACAACGGCGGGAUUAGCACGGCGAAGUCGUAUCCGUACAAGGGCGAUUACGAUUACUGCCGAUACUCGAACCGAACGCGAGGGACGACGGUCAAUGGAUAUGCAUAUUUGCCAUAUGGAGACGAAAAACAAUUGCAAAUUGCGGUAGCUCAAAUAGGACCAAUAUCAGUUGCUAUCGAUGCUACUGAAUUCGAGCUUUAUCACAAAGGUAUCUACAGUAACCAAAACUGUUCGGCAACGCACAUAAAUCACGCUGUGCUUGUUGUGGGCUACGGUAGUGAAAAAAUUCAAUCGGCGGAUGGCACAGAAAAUGAAGUUGACUACUGGAUUAUCAAGAACAGGUACCAGAAACUCUAG